AUGGUUUUCUAUCCAGACCCGUCCCUCCCCAAACUACCAGAGAUCACGGAUACGGUGCCGAUAUGCGAUUUCAUGCUCGAUGAACAAUAUGGCCGGCGUCCUUUCGCAGAAUCUUGGGACCCAUACACCUGUGGCUUGUCAGGGAGGAGCAUCUCGGCGAGACAGCAAAGGGAAAAUGUGAAAAGACUGGCCCGCGCACUGGCGAAGGAGUUUGGUUGGAAAGUCAAUGGGGGCACGGAAUACGACAAGGUCGUUGGCGUCUUUGCCUUGAAUACAGUCGACAUCAUGAGCUUGACCUGGGCAAUUCACAGAAUCAAUGGUGUAUCCUCACCCGCCAAUGCAGCGUACAGCGCGGAAGAACUACGACAUCAGCUUACCGACUCCGGCGCCAAAGUCCUCUUCACUGUCAUGCCUUUACUCCAAACCGCACUGGAGGCUGCCGUAAAGGCGGGCAUUCCCAGGAAUAGGGUGUACAUCUGCGAAAUGGCCAACGAUCCUCCUAUUCCUGAAGGGUUCAAGACCGUGGGCCAGCUCAUAAAGGAAGGUGAAUCAUUACCUGAUCUUGAACCCAUCAGAUGGAACAAAGGCCAAGGAGCGAGACAGACUGCGUUCCUCUGCUACUCAGGUGGCACAUCCGGGCUGCCCAAAGGCGUGAUGCUUAGCCACCACGGCGUGAUCACCAACACGGUGCAGCUCUCGAUCUACGACCAAUCCGCUCGCGAUGCAAUUGCCCCGGGCUACCACGAUGUGGUACUUGGUCUGCUCCCGUUCUCGCAUAUAUACGCCCUCAUCCUCAUCUGCCAUGCCUCCACCUACCGCGGUGACCAGGUUAUUGUGCUUCCCAAAUUCGACCUGCAGCAGUACCUGACAUCAAUCGAGAGGUUCAAGAUCAACGGGCUGUACGUUGUCCCUCCUAUAAUCAUCGCCAUGGUCAAGAACCAGCAAUUCGCACAGAAGUUCGACCUAUCUAGCAUCAAUUCGAUAUACACAGCCGCUGCGCCACUAAGCCAGGAAAUCGCAGAGGAACUGGCUAUCCAGUACCCUAAUAUAGCCAUCCGCCAGGGAUAUGGUCUUACCGAAACGUGUACGGUGGUAUGGUCGACGUCGGGGAUUGAUAUCUGGCUCGGCUCAUCUGGCUGCCUACUUCCCGGCUUCGAGGCGAAAAUUAUGGAUAUUGAGGGGAACGAAAUCACGGGGUAUAACCAAAGAGGCGAACUCCUCGUCAAAGCGCCGAACCUUGCGUUAGGGUAUCUAAAAAAUGAGAGGGCCACGCGGGAAACUUUUAUCACCCUGCCAGAAGGUAGAUUCAUGCGGACAGGUGAUGAGGUUGAGAUUCGCAAGUCGCCCAAGACGGGUCGUGAGCAUAUCUGGAUCGUGGAUCGGAUAAAGGAGAUGAUCAAAGUCAAGGGGCUCCAAGUACCUCCCGCAGAACUGGAGGCGUGUCUCCUCAGCCACCCUGCCGUGCUGGAUUGCGCUGUCAUUCCAGUCCACGAUGAGCGAGCUGGUGAAGUGCCCAAGGCUUUUAUUGUCAAGUCUGCCUCUGCAAAGCAGGUGAGCGACGCCGCGCUCAAACAAAACAUUGCCAAGUACGUGGAGAAGGAGAAAGCGAGGCAUAAAUGGCUUGCUGGAGGUAUUGAGUUUACUGAUGCCAUUCCCAAGAGUCCUGCGGGCAAGAUUCUCAGGCGGUUAUUGAGAGAUCAGGAGAGGGAGGCCAGGAUGAAGGCUAGCGCAAGACUGUAA